AUGGCUGCGCUUGCUCCGCUCGAUGUAGCGCGCUCUCGUCUGCGACGUCACCGUGGCAUCACUCUGGAGGAAGGGCAUCCCCUUAACAAUGGCGUAUGCUCCGAAUCACCUGUUAAUCAGGUUGAAGAUCUUUCAAGGAUGUUCAGGCUCCUCUCUAGGAUUAAUGGUGGCCUGCCUCCUGUAUCUAAAAUAUUCCAGGAGGUUGGUGAGUACCAAGGUGCAUACAAGAUAUCUAAGGGUUUGCUUGACAAGUAUGGCCCUGAUAGGGUUCUUGAUACUCCAAUUACUGAGGCUGGCUUCAUUGGCAUUGGUGUUGGUGCCGCCUACCAUGGUCUUCGACCUAUUGUAGAGUUCAUGACAUUUAACUUUUCAAUGCAGAUAGAGCAUCAAGGGAAAGAUGUCACUAUCACUGCAUUCUCCAAGAUGGUCGGAUAUGCUCUUCAGGCCGCCGAUAUACUGGCCAAGGAAGGUAUCAGUGCCGAGGUAAUCAAUCUUCGCUCAAUCAGACCGCUGGAUAGAGCUGCUAUUAAUGCAUCUGUGAGGAAAACCAAUAGAUUGGUAACCGUAGAAGAAGGCUUCCCUCAACAUGGGAUUGUGCACGAGCAUCUUCUGCGUACCAGCGAUGACUUUGUCUGGCAAGUUGAUGCAAUGUCGCAUGGGCGUUUUACGAUUGAUGUUCAGUUUCUGGACCUGAUGAUAGCCAAUAACAAUGCAAGUAUCCAGCCUCGUCUUGUUUUUCUCAAUUCACAUCUCUUGCUAAACGCUUCCAUGACCUAG